CUUAUCUAAUAUGUCAAAACGUAUUUUUAAUGUCAAAAAAUUAUAAAAAAUUAUAAAUUUAUAUUAAAUUACAAACAUUAUAAAUCAAGAUGUUAGCAUUUGAGGUGUUAGUAAGAUAUUUUAGCAGGUUUUGGCCACAGGUAGAACGCCAAAGUCUUUCUUCUCAACAAAUGAGAAAAGCAAUUCCAACAAUCCCUUGUGGUCAGUUGCAGAUGCCUAUGAUAGGGUUAGGUACUUGGCAAGCUACUGACCCCGCAGAAUUUGAAGCUGCUUUGAACCUAGCCUUUGACAUAGGUUACCGUCAUAUUGAUACAGCAGCAUUUUAUGAAAACGAACAUAUUAUUGGCAAAAUUAUAAAUCAGUGGAUCUGUUCCGAAAAGCUAAAAAGAGAUGAUCUUUUUAUCGUUACCAAACUUCCAAUCCAAGGAAUCCAUCGUGAUAGAGUCGAAAAAUAUUUAUGUCAGUCUCUGCAAAAACUUGGUCUACAAUGCCUUGAUUUAUAUCUGAUACAUUUUCCAUAUGGAAAGACUGAAUCUACUAAAGAAUUAGUAUAUGAAAAGGAAGAUCACAAAGGAAUAUGGCAGGCAAUGGAAAGACAAGUAGAAGCCGGUAGAACCAAAACUAUUGGCCUAAGUAAUUUUAGUAUUAGUCAAAUUGACAAUAUAUUAAAAUUCUGUAAGAUUAAACCAGCCAAUCACCAAAUAGAGGUUCACGUUUUCUUACAACAACCAGACUUGGUGCAGUUCUGCCAAAAGAACGGAAUUGGCGUAACGGCGUACUCCCCGCUUGGAUCUCCCCAUUUUAACAAAUUUUUGAAGCAUAUAGGCAUGAAAGAAAGGAACUUGGUCAACGUACUAACAAAUCCAGUGGUUGGGGAAAUUGCCAAAAAACACUGCAAAAGUAACGCCCAAGUAGCAUUAAGAUUCUUGAUACAAAGAAAUCUGGCUGUUAUUCCAAAAAGUACGACACCUGCAAGAUUAAAAUCCAAUUUCGAUUUGUUCGAUUUCUGUUUAACCGAUCAAGAAAUGAAAAAAAUUGAAACUCUCGAUAUUGGAGAAGAAGCACGAAUUUGUGACUGGAUGUUCUUUCCAAAAAUUGAUGAGCACCCAGCAUACCCAUUCCGUAAAAAAUGUUAAAAUCAAUUUUUUUUAAUUUUCAAUAAAAAUUUAUAAGCCAGUCAUGGGGUUUGUGCUGGCUUGAUAAGAAUAAUGAAGCAAUUUAUCCAAAUUUUUGUACCAAAUUGUAAUUUAUUAUUGUCUACUAACAUCGCAGCAAAAUGUUUGUGUAAAGUGAAUUUUGAAUAAAUAUUUGUACGC